CCACACAGAAAGAAAUAUGUCAGCAUCGCUACUUCCAAUCUGCCAAUUUCUAGUUCCAAAAGCUUCCCAAGUUCAUGGACAUUCCACUCCAAACAAACCCAUCUGCAGAUGGGGUAAAAAAUACCCUGUGAUCAGAUGCUGUGACAGAAAGGCAGAGAAGAGGAUGCGGACAGAAAAGAAUUACUAUGAAUUGCUUGGCGUUUCUGUGGAUUCAGAACCCCGGGAAAUCAAAGAAGCUUAUAGAAAAUUACAAAAGAAGUAUCACCCAGAUAUUGCAGGCCAAGAGGGUCAUGAGUACACUCUAAUGCUGAAUGAAGCCUACAAGGUUCUAAUGAGAGAGGAUCUAAGGUGGAAAUAUGAUGCAUCAAUUGGUCAAGUGAGAAAACACUUCAGCAAAGACAAAUCAUGCUUUGGUUACAGCACAUGGAAUGGACCCUUGAGAUCUCAAGCUUUAUUUGUUGAUGGAAACGCAUGCAUAGGGUGUGGAGAAUGCGUGCACCAUGCGAGUAAAACAUUCGUUAUGGAUGAAGCUCUCGGAUUUGCGAUGGUUAAAGUACAAUACGGGGAUGAUGACCAAAAUAUUGAGGUAUCGGUGGAUUCGUGCCCGGUGAACUGCAUUUACAGGGUGGACAGAGAAGAAUUGCCGGUGCUCGAGUUCCUUAUUCAGCCUCAGCCUAAAGAAGGGUAUGGCGUGUUUGGAGGAGGAUGGGAAAGACAUAGAAAUGUUUUUGAGGCUGCCAAGUACUUCAACAAACAAUCGGAACAAAAUGCAUCAAAUGAACACCAACAUGGAAAUGUAACACGUGAAGAAACUCCUGCUCAAGCCGAGGCCCGAGUCAAUGCAAGUAAGAAAAUAAAUAUGGAGAGAUUCUCGAGAUUAUGGAACUGGGCAAAGGAAGCUUUACACAUGGAUACUAGGAAUACAGAAUAACAAAAAUGGAAAGAACGGGGGAAAAAAAAAAAAAAAAACUAAAUGCUGUUUUUACUGAUAAUAGGAUGUACUUCUUUCUCAAGUAAAAAACAACCAGAAGCAUAAAAAUUUUUAAUAUUUGUAGUGCUUGUAAGAUAUGUUUUUACUUAUCACCUAAUAGGAAAAUUAAAUAAACUUUGGUAAAACAGGAAAAUAAGGUAAAAUGGACCAUCGUGUGAUUCAUGAGAUUUGUUCCUUCUCAAGUCAACUCUGAAUUUUAUAACUCCUGAACUCCCUAGAAUAUUUGCUUCAAAUUCACCAUUUCCAUGAUGUAAUAUUGCUACAACAAUUUGAGAAAUCUUCAUUUUAUUUGGCAGAAAAAUAUGAGAAA